AUGCCCAGGGCAGUGACAGGAACAGGACCCAGGAGCUUGAAGGAGUCAGACAGCUCAGAAGAGGAAAUGGAAGGUGUUUUCUGGGAUACCAGGAGGGAUUUUGGGCAGCUGAAGGAAAGUGGUCCCUCCCAGCACUCCAGUGACAUUGAAGGGCUCCGACUGGGAAAGACCAGCCGGCCUGUGAGAUCCAAAGCUAGGAGAAUCGCCGCCAAUGUUCGAGAGCGCAAGAGGAUCUUAGACUAUAACCAGGCCUUCAAUGCUCUCCGACUGGCCCUCAAGCAUGAUCUCAGUGGCAAGAGGUUGUCCAAGAUUGCCACCCUCAGGAGGGCCAUCCACCGAAUCACCUCCCUGUCCAUGUUCCUGCGUUCUGGCCCCACUGCCCGGUGGCCCUGCAGCCACCAGGAAUGUCGUACCCAUUAUGGCAGAGUCCAAGAGGAGGAAACUGGCUGGGACAGCCACCCACAGCCCUUCCCGAUGCCCAUGGACUAUAGCUAUGGAGAAGCUGUUCUUCCCUUCCAACCGCCCCCUCCUUCUCCUCUCUACUUGAAAUACUCUCCUGAGACUCAGUUUCCCUCCCAACUGGAAAGUCAGAAGGAGGAUACUAUCCCCUCCAACCCUGUCUACCACUCCAGUGGGAGCCAUCUUCUUGGGGAGCAACCCCCUUGCUAUCCAAAGUAUGUGGACAACCUCCGAGCUCCCUCUCCAAGAACUAUUCCCUGGCAGCUUGGGUACCUGCGAGGACCAGGGCGGGGAUGCCAGCAGUCUUUGCCCAUGCACUGA